AUGCGAGCCGCGGAGGCCAAGGCCGCGCUAAACAGGGAUCACUGGGAGUGGGACGACGACGGUGCAUAUGCCGUCAUCGAUCCGGCCUCCUUGAAGGCCAUGGUGGCCAUGGAGACGCCGAAGGUGGGCGAGACGAGGGAGCAGGGCUGCGCGGUGUGCCUCGAGGGUUUCGUGGCCGGUGGCAAGAAGCUGAGGAUGAUGCCCUGUUCCCACUCCUUCCACCAGAGAUGCAUCUUCGACCUGCUCCUCCGUAGCCGAUUCUGCCCGGUCUGCCGUUUCGAGAUGCCCCCCAGGUCCGCCGACGAGCCGGAGCCGGAGCCGGUGGCUGAGAAAACCGCUACUACAUCUGAACGAGUUGGCAGCAACUGA